AUGUUAAUUCCAGGACCUAAACAACCCGGGAAUGAUAUUGAUAUAUACUUAGAACCUCUCGUAGAGGACUUGAAAUUAUUAUGGAAUGAGGGAGUUGAUGCUCAUGAUGCAUUAGACAAUACAAAUUUCAAGUUGUGGGCUAUUGUGAUGUGGACAAUCCAAGAUUUUACAACAUAUGGGAACCUUGCUGGUUGUAAAAAUAAGGGAUAUUUUAGUUGUCCCUUAUGUGGUUAUGGUACUCAUUCAGAGUGGCUAAAACAUAGCGGGAAGUUUUCAUAUCGAGGUCAUCAAAAAUUUCUUCAAGAAGACCAUCCAUUUCAGAGUAAAAGAAGUUGGUUUGAUGGAGAAGAAGAGCAUGGAAAUCUGCCAAGAAUCAUGAAUGAGACUGCAAUUGCUGAACACCUUAAAGAUUUUGUGAAUGAAUUGCAUGUUUGUCACAAUUUGGAUGUGAUGCACAUAGAGAAAAAUGUUUGUGAAAGCAUCUGUAAUACAUUGCUAUAUGUUGCUGGAAAAAGUAAAGAUGGACUAAAAGCUCGCUUGGAUUUGCAACAUAUGGGUAUUAGGAGUGCAUUACACCCACAAGAGAAGGGGACUAGAACCUAUCUUCCUGCAGCUUUACACACACUAUCAAAGCUUGAGAAAGAAUUAUUUUGUAAAAGGUUGUUCUCAUUGAAAGUACCUGAUGGAUAUAGCUCAAAUAUUCGAAAUUGUGUUUCAAUGGAGCAAUGCAAGCUCAUGGGCCUUAAGUCACACGAUUGCCACAUUUUGAUGCAAAAAUUACUACAGGUGGCUAUAAAAGGAUUGAUGCCAAUGGGUCCAAGAGAUGCUAUAAUAAGAUUAUGCAUGUUCUUUAAUCGAAUAUGUCAACAUGUUCUUGAUAGAGAAAGCAUAAUGACAUUAGAAAAUGAUGUUAUUGAAACUUUAUUUUACGUGGACAUUUUAUUAAUGAUGAGCAAGUUUAUGAUUAAUAGACGCAUGAAGAUAUUUAAAGAUUAUGUCAGAAAUCGAGCAAGGCCUAAAGGUUGUAUUGCGGAGUGUUAUCUUGCAGAUGAGUGUGUGAGCUUUUGUAAUGAAUUCAUUGACCAUUCAAUUGAACUAAACACAAAAGAAGGUCGAAAUGAAGAGCGGUCAAAUGAUGUGAUACUUGAAUGUCGUCCAAUUUCUAGGAGGAAAGAAAUUAUAUUGACAGAUGAGUUGUUAGAAAUUGCACAUCGAUACAUUCUGUUAAAUACAUCUGUUGUGGAGCCUUUUCUAGAGUAA